GCAUCAAAUACAAAUUUUACCCCGCCUGUCUCGAGUUCUAUCACAUUAGAUAUGAAUUUGAAACCGUUAUACGUCCGUAUAACAUCAAGAAGAAGGCCUUUAUCGGCAAGUGAGAAAGUUCAUUUGGAAUGUUACUCAUGGGGUUCUAGACCUCCAGCUAGAAUGACAUGGUGGAAAGAUGGAAAAAAAAUCUUCUCAGCCUCUGCGAUAACAACAGCAGAAAAUAUUACUAUCAGCAAUUUAUAUUUUACACCAGAAAUUGAUGAUAAUGGAAAGCUAUUGACUUGUCGGGCUGAUAAUCCAGAUAUCGUAAAUAGUGCCUUAGAAGCUGAAUGGAAACUUGAUGUAAUAUAUUUACCAAUCCUUUCACUUGCACUUAAAACAAAUGCACAAAACGAUUUUGUCAAAGAAGAUGAUGAUGUUUACUUUGAGUGCAAUAUAAAAGCCAAUCCUUGGAUUACAGAAAUUGGAUGGCAGUUUAAUAGAAAUCCUCUUCUUGGUAAUCCGGAAGAAAAUAUAAUUAUCAAGAACCAGUCCCUAGUACUGAAGACGGUAACAAGUGAUCAAAGUGGUAGAUAUCGAUGUGUGGGAAUUAAUAUGAAAGGUCAAGGAAUGAGCCAAGAAGUAUUUUUAGCUAUAAAUCACAUCCCUUUGUGCAAAAGGGGUCAGAAGACAGUGUACAGGGUGGCACCAAAUGAAUCAAUUAUAGUUGAAUGUGAAGUUGAAGCUACUCCUUCCAAUGUUUCAUUCAAAUGGUUCCUCAACAACUCUUUGGAUUUGAUCGAAAUAAACUCCUUUAAAUCGAAUGGAACUCACUCUGAAAUAAUCUACAAACAUGACAAACUGACCGGUUACAGUUUAUUGUACUGUUUGGCUAGUAAUGAUCUUGGUAUCCAAAAAGAACCAUGUAUCUUCACUCUUAUACCAGCAGGCCCUCCUGACGCUUUAGGGAAUUGUGUACUGAUCGAUAGAUCAACAACAGUCAUUAAGGUAACAUGUGAUCCUGGAUACGACGGUGGAUUAAAGCAGACAUUCCAUUUGGAAGUCUUCAACAUGGCACUAGAACGGAUACAAAAGAAUAUUACCAAAACUGAUAGACCCGUGUUUGUAGCAAAUGAUUUACCAUUAGGGACGUCUUUCAUUCUUGCUUUAUAUGCAUCGAAUUCUAAAGGGAAAAGUAAUGCGAUUACAUUAACAGCCAGUACAUUAUCUUCCCCUGUAAAAAGAACUGCACAUAAUUACGGGCCUACUUUAAGUCCACUUGUCGGAACAUUAGUCGGAGUUGUUCUUACUUUAGUUUUUGCCUGUGUGAUUAUCAUAGUAUUCAUGAAACUUCGAGGACAGUUUUGCCAAAAAGAAUCUAAAAGACCUGUUGCUGACAAGGACCACACUCUGAUACAAAAGGAUGUGGAAGAUAUCACUGACAAUACAGACUCGAGAGAGCCUGAUGUUAUACCAGCAAUUGCAAUCAACCCACACGGAAAAGCUGAAGUACUUGAAAUGAGAGGGAUCCCUUCGCGUCUUUUAAACAAGGUAGAAAGGCAUUCUGAAGAUGAUAUUUUGGCCAAUCCACAGUUGCACAACAUCACUUCAACUGAAAAUACAAUGGUCCACCAUGGUGUAUCGUACGCUGAACUGUAUUUACCCAAACCUCAGACUCUGCAACAGCUAAACAGAGCCUCAUACUGUGAAAGAAAACCAACAUCUACUUCAGUGUGAGAAAUAAAUAGCAUUAAGGAUGGUUUGUUCUAUUGAAACACUUUAAUCAUAGCUUUUUUGUUCGUCACAUCAAAAUGGUUGAAACCUAAAAACAACAUACCAUCACGUUUCGCUGCGUCAAAUUCAUAUUCGGAUAGAAGGAGAC